CAUUUGGGGUUGAGCACCAGGGCGGAUAAAUUAUCUUAGCAGGUCGACCACCGGUCGCGAAAGAAAAGUGAUCUAAAGUGAAGAGAUUCCUCAUGAUCGAUCAUAUUUGUCCGUUGUUUUAUAGUAGGCAUAGAGUCACUACUUCAUCAUUGGGAAGCUUGCGCAUUUUGUAUUUUUGAGCUGGGUGCUGUAGCUGAGGCCUCCAGGGUCAUGUCCUUAAACGUCACAGGUCAGUUGACCAGGCCUUAAUUAGCACUGUCAAUCAGUGGUCGGACUGGGCGUAACUUGCUAAAUCCAUGUUCUUAAGCGACAUUGGUUCGUAGUCGAUCUGCGCUUUUGAAGUACUACGCGCUGAGGGCACUACCAAGAGGAAAACUACUUCUACGUCGUCUUCUAAACAAGAUUUUUAAACAUGGCUGCCGAAAACGUCCCUGAAUCCAAAGGAGCCAGGGUUGACAGAAUAAGGAGCUUCAUUCGGACCUGCCCGGAUUUUCCUAAGCCAGGCAUACCUUUCAAGGAUAUCAUGCCGAUUGUGCAGAACCCUGAUGUCUUCUUCGAUACCAUAGCUCUCCUGGAGGAGCAUGUGAAAGAAACAGGAGCCAAAGUGGACGUGGUUGCAGGUCUUGAAGCCAGGGGCUUCCUUUUUGGCCCGCCGCUGGCUCUCCGCCUGAAGUGUGCGUUUGUACCUAUCCGGAAGGCGGGCAAGCUACCGGGAGAAACUGUGAAGUGUUCCUAUGCACUGGAAUAUGGACAGGACACUAUUGAGAUCCAGAGGACCGCAGUGCAUCCUAACCAGAAUGUGGUGAUUGUGGAUGAUCUCAUUGCGACAGGAGGUACCAUGGCAGGUGCCUGUACGCUGUUGGAGACCGUCCAGGCUAACGUGGUGGGGUGUCUGGCUGUGGUGGAGCUAGAUUACCUCAAGGGCAGGGAAAACAUCAAACAUGACGUUCACUCUCUCGUUCACUUUUAAAAUCACACUGACAGUGACCGUACAUCUGCUUGAAGACCAUGAUACACACUCGCUCACUCAGUCCCGUAGCUUGUACUCAUGAUACGCUCACGAUAAAAAGACAUCCCCAACUUCUUGCAAAGUUAGGCGUCAUUAAAUCCUUGGAUAACACAAAGAUCAAUUUGUAGAGAGCCCCAACUGGUCAACGAUUCCGUCCUGUCCCUAAGCCGGCUACUACUGUACAAAUACUGUGAGUGCCCUGUCUCUGGAGAGGCGUGUUUGUUUGAGGAGAUAAUUGUCCGUACUCCAGCAGUGGUUGUUACAUACUGGACUAACGAGAACGUGUCUUUGUGGUGAGAAAACCUGUGUAAACCUUUCGGGCCCUUUGGGGGCAGCCGGGGCACGGUGGUAUCGAUUUAAGACCACAUGUAGUUCACGGGAACUGUCCAACAUAAAAAAAGUGAUAUUCUUUGCUACAGAGAUAUUUGCUGUGUGAGAGUAAGCGCUAACGUCGUGUGGAGUCUUUUUCCUUGAUUUUAUGUUUGAUUUGUUUUCUUGUUUGUAGACAAUUGACCGCGUUGCUUAUGACACCGUUGUGUUUGUAAUAUUGAAGCUACUGUGUUAUCUGUAAUCAUUCUACUUAACAAUACAAAUACUUCUGACUUCAACUUCAAACUCAGACAGGGAAAACAAAAUCAUUCAAAGACUUUCUGAAGAAAAAAAAAGUCCUAGUAUUUUAGACCGAAAUGUCGGUAGGUUUUAACGUCACCUGACCCUGACCAGUCGGAAGUCCGGCAGAUUUUGCGGGAUUUAUUCUUCUGUUAUUGAUUGAAGGAACAAGAUAAAUAAAAGACGUGUUACGAGUGUGUUAACAUAACGUACAGACAAUCUACUUGAUAAGCAGAAGAUCAUAAAUAAAGUGAAAAAAGGAGUA